CCCGUUCUUUCCGUUUCGUUUUCUUUUUGCUUCAGAAGAAGCAUAUUUGCAGAUUUCAUUUUCUUUUCAUGUUAAGCUCUACCUUUUCUCCUUCGUCCCUCCCUCUCUGUUUCCAUUCCUUUGUUUCUCUUCUGUUUUCUUCCUGGAUCGGACAAACAAAAGUACCAACUUAUCUGCUCCAACACCUGGUCAAUAAUUUGACCAUCUUUUCCCCCAAAAUAUGGCCGCUCAUCCAUAUCCCAAUCGUGCUAUUGUUCCAGAAAGAGUCAAUUGUGGCUGCUCAUCCAUAUCCCAACUAUGCGAUUAUUCCACAAAGAGUCAGGAACACAAACACUGCUCACAAAAAAAAUCAACGCUUCUUCCUCCUUUUGCUCUGUAACAUCUCCGAGUAAAGGGGUUUAAUUGCACUUUGAAAGAAUUGGUGCAGAAGAGCUUCUGAUUUAGCGUUCACAGAUUUCAGUUGGGUUUAGUUACGAUUUAUAAGAGUCGGUGCUAAAGAAGCUUUGGUUUGGGGUUGGCAGAUUCAUAUUAAGGAAUUGCUUCAAUUCAAGUUCAAAAUGCCUAGACAUAUCUCAACUGUGCUGGACAUUGACAAAGAAUCAGACAAAUGGACAGUUCUUAUUCAAGUAGUUGAGAGGAAUCACAUUCAGUACACUCGGAAAGCACCACCUAGAAGGAUCCAACGAUUCAUGCUCACUGAUGCCCAAGGAACAAAAGUCUCUGCAGCAGCCUAUGAAAAUUGCAUCCGACUGUUCAGAAAUCUGUUAGUUCCAUACCAGCGAUACUACAUCUCUGGUGCAACUAUUAUCAAUGCUGUUCCUACAUACAAAGUUAGCGAAUAUCCGUACUCUUGGGUCCUUCAUUACUCAACUUUGAUUGAGCGCUACCUCGAACCAAUUCCUCCAAUGCUUCCAUGUCCUUUCACCUUUGACAACUUUUCUGAUGCACAUAAACAUGCAGAAUCUGAUAUUACUCUGAUAAGUGUCAAAGCAUUGGUCAUAUAUGCCUUCCCACAAAAAGAAACAACUCCAGAUUCAGUCACAAGGGAUUUUCUCAUUGUAAAUGAAGAGAAAAAAUUGAUGCUUCUCACUUUAUGGAAUGAGUUCCAAGAGUAUGAAGGCAAUAUCCUUGCAAACACCAUUGCAACUGCUCCUAUGAUCUUUGCUAUGAGAGUGAAAGUCUCUACUUUCAACAGUUUGUCAUUAACAACAAUAGGACUAUCAUGCAUUCUCAUCAAUCCACCAGUCCAUGACGAAUUGCCACUUCGUGAAUGGUAUAGCAUCCAUAAAGAUGAAGUUAAGAUUUUAUUGGAAGCAAAAGCAUAUAAAGAUCCAGAAUUUCUGCUUCCACCACCAAACCAAGAGCACAUCAAGACCAUUCAUGAUGCAUUAAUCUCAUUCGGAACACAAAAAACAGCAUGGAUAGGCGGUACAGUGCAAUUAUCAUUUGGCCAAACUCGCUUUUGGUACACUGCAUGCUCAAAUUGUUUGAAAACUGUUGAAGCAGAUACAGAUUGGAUCAUAAAAUGUUCAUCAUGCAGACAAGAAGCCGAAGUGGAACUAAGGUGUCGCAUUGGAAUAACAGUGACCGAUCCAACUGCAAGCAUUCAAUGCUUAAUAUCUGGAAAAGAAGCUGAAAGACUGAUACAAUUGACUGCUGCGCAGCUUAAGGAUGCAGAGGCACAUGGAAUAACAAUGAACCAAGAACUCUCUGCCAUCAUGAAAAAGUACAGGUUGAUCUGUUUUAUCAAAACAUAUGAGACAACUUUUCAAGGACAACUUCAAAGAAGAAAUGCAAUCAUCAAAGCCUACCCAACAGCUGAAGUCCCCAACAUAUCAUUGGCUCUAUUAGAUUCACCACCAACUCUCCAAGCUUCAGAAACUGGAACAACAUCAAACACCAAGCAAAAACAAGUCAUAGAACAACAAACGUUCACACCAACAGCCAAGUUGCUCCUUCAAGAAAUAGCCGAAUCCACUGCUACUAAAAAAAGCUUCAUCACUAAAUCAACAACUGCUGCAACAACCAGCCACAAACUGCUUGAAGACACUGCUACCUCAGCUUCACCAAAUACCACCCCAAUCGACGAAACUGCUGCCAGCCCAACAAAGAAACCAAAACAGGAAGGAAAAGGGAAUUGAACACUCCCCAACCCUUACUAAAACCUUUUGAUAUUGCUAGAGAAGAACUUAGCAGGUCUAUCAUGCCUAAAUUGUAGUGUUAGAAUCCAUUGCUCCAAUAUUUUUUGAUAGAGCAAUGCAUUCUAAUACUUAGAAUUAGUACCUCCUCCCUCACCUGCUAACAACUCCUAUUACCAGAACCAUAAACCUGUAAAGCCUAGGUUCAUGACUUUGUCAAGCUGAAAAUGCAGUAUUAGAAUCCAUUGCUCCAAUAUCUUUUGAUAGAGUAGUGCAUUCUAAUACUCAUAUGUCAUAUAAGCUUCUCUAGCAAUCAAUAAUAUG